UAUGCAAGUAUAAAAUAACUUUGAAAAUAAAUGUUGAAUCUAUUGAAUCAGAGUCGUGUUUAAAAAGGCUUCUCUUAAUGUCAGUUGAAGAAAAUGUAAUAUUAGCAAAUGUACAUUUUAAUUAUUUAAUGAAAGCAAAUUGGUCACCGGCUUUAGAUGAUCUUAAGAAAUGUUUUUCUAAUUGGAGUGUUGAUUUGGAUUGUUUAAACAAUUAUAAAACGUUGGAAAAACACGAAAAAAACAAGUUAAAACAAAUAAGACAACACAACAUUGAAUUGUUAAUGAACUUGAUAUCAUAUUAUGUUUUGAAAACUGAUAAUGGAUUUAGUAGCAAUGAUCUAUUAAUAUUGGCCAAAUUAUCAUUGGAUGAAAAUGAUGAGAUUGCUUUUAUAUCAUUUAAUGAUUAUUUGUGGUCAAUAUAUACGGAUUUUGAACUUGGUAAACUGAUUAUCAAUGUAUUUCUACCUAUACAAAAUAAUUUGAUGAAAAAAUUGUAUACAUAUUUAGCAUUCAAAUUAUACUUAUCACUUUUGGGAGUGAUCAGCACAAAAACAUUUCCAUAUUACUUGAAAGAUUGGUUUGUACAUGAUAUUAUCGUUAAAAGUUAUUUUUGUCAAAAACCAUUCAAAACCUAUAAAACUGUUAUUAAAUUGUUGGAACAUGUGGUGAUUAUACUAGAUUUGUAUCAGGAUGAAGAAAAUUUAAAUUCGAUGUAUAACUUUUAUUAUUCUGUAUCAAAUAUGUUACCAUUUACAAUAGAUGGUUUAAAAAUAAGUGAUAUUGUGGACGAAUGGCGUGCUAGAUUGCAAUUGUUACAUAUUAAACGUUUAGUAUACAAUCAACUUAAUUAUAUAAAUCGCGAUAUCGAUAUUAUAGAACCAGAUGAAUAA